GCCCGUAGUCACACGAAAUCGUCGUCUGUUUAUAACACUUACGAGAAACUACCAAAAUAAUAAUUCGCGCCGGAUUACUGACCGACAAUCACUAUAUGCUAGUGCCUGUGCGAGUGCUUGUGCGAGUGGCUGGUGGCCAUAUAUGUACUCAAUAGUGCUUCAGUGACUGUGAGUUUUUGCGCGGCCUCAAGCUGGAUCAUCCGGGGGGUUUCGGUGCGUCGCCCUGGGCUGCUGUCCUAGGGCAUCACGCUGCCGCUUCCAUAAUGCAAACUGGGGAACCACAUGGUUAUGGUGCUACACACCAUCCUGGAGGGCCCAUGGAUCUUCACAUGCCACAAGCAUUCCCAUAUUACCGAUAUCGAGAUGACACUCUUUGUUGGACAGAUAGGAAGCCUACCGUUGACGACGUAGGAAAUCCGUCAUCUGUCAAUGCUCGUAUUCUGGAACUUCGUAAGGAAAAGAGCAGGGAUGCGGCAAGAUCCAGGAGGGGUAAGGAGAAUUAUGAGUUCUAUGAACUCGCCAAAAUGUUACCCCUUCCUGCAGCCAUCACCUCCCAGUUGGACAAGGCCAGUAUAAUUAGACUGACAAUCUCUUAUCUUAAAUUAAGGGACUUUUCUGGACAUGGAGAUCCACCAUGGAGUAGAGAAGGAUCCUCCCCUUCUAAAACUUUAAAAGGUAGAAGAUCAUCUCUGGCAAUGGAUAUAUUUGAGCAACAUCAAGGGACACAUAUACUUCAGUCCUUGGAUGGAUUUGCUCUAGCCGUAGCCUCUGAUGGAAGAUUUUUGUAUAUAUCUGAGACUGUUUCAAUAUAUCUAGGAUUAUCACAGGUUGAAAUGACGGGUAGUAGUAUAUUUGAUUACAUCCAUCAUCAAGAUCACUCUGAGAUCGCUGAGCAACUAGGUUUAGGUUUAUCUCAAGGACAAAAUUUAGCAUCUCCAGGGAGCGGUUCUGAGGAAAGUGGAUCUACAGCAGGGACGAACAACCCUGACGGUAAGGUAUCAACAGUGAUGUCGCUAGGAACAAACUCUGCUUACAAGGGCUUCGAUAGAGCAUUUUGUGUUAGGAUGAAAUCAACUUUAACUAAAAGAGGCUGUCAUUUUAAAUCAUCAGGGUAUAGAGUGGUUUUAAUGUUAUGUAGGUUAAGGCCACAAUACGUCUAUGCACAUUCAAGAAAAUCUCAACAACCACCUCUUCUUGGAAUGGUGGCUCUAGCAAUAGCCUUACCCCCACCUAGCGUUCACGAAAUCAGGCUUGAAAGCGAUAUGUUCGUAACUAGGAUAAAUUUUGACUUUAAAAUAGCGCAUUGUGAACCCAAAGUUAUGGAACUUUUAGACUAUACUCCUGAAGAACUGACAGGGCGAAACUUGUAUACGUUGUGCCAUGGAGAGGAUGCUAAUAAGCUCAGAAAGUGUCAUAUAGAUUUAAUUAACAAAGGUCAGGUACUGACCCAUUACUAUAGGAUAAUGAACAAAAACGGAGGUUAUACUUGGAUUCAAACAUGUGCCACAGUAGUUUGUAGCUCUAAAAAUGCUGAGGAACAAAAUAUUAUAUGCAUAAAUUACGUAAUAAGCGGUCGAGAAUACGAGGACCUCAUAAUGGACUGUUGCCAAAUGGAAGACAACUCACACAUGGUUAAACGAGAAGAAGCAAGCAGCAACGAUCCAGAAAAUGGUUCCCCUGAUGCUGAUCGCGGAGAUGACAGAAACAGCGGUGGCCCACCUAACCCACCUCCAGAUCCCUCCCAAGAUCUCGAGGACUCAACAAACCACGGCGCAGAUCCAGGAGCCAUUACCAAGGACACAAGUGACUUAAGGACACGAAGAUUGGAUCCAGUAACGAAUGUAGCCCAGCUACAAACAGCUCCUGUGCCAGUAGUCGACCAAAGAAAAACUGCCACUCCUGUCCGACGGGCGCAAAAGCGGAAAAACACUUCUUCUGAUGAAAAUGACGACGAAGAAAUGACAAAUUCAAACAGGAAUGUUGUAAUGAGCCCCGCUAGUUCGUGUCAUUCAGCAACAGGCGCACAUCCUAUAGUUUCUGGACCUGAAUCAAUAGGAAAUAGUCCCAAAAAGAAUGAUAAUGAUGCUGGCAAUAGCACAGGUGGCACAUCAGUAAAAGAUCUAGAAAACGCUAUGUCAAAACAUCUGCCUCCCUGUAAAUCGCCGACACAUCAACCAACGGACUUUAGCACGGAUGCACUCUUGAAGCAGCAGCAAAGAACUACAAUUCAGUGGAUUGGUGCGCAUCAGCAGUUGCAGCAGCAAGGACCUCUACCUGCUUCUGCGCUGUUGAGACAAAUUUACGCUAACAGGGAAAGUGUGAUUCGAGCUAAUGUUCAUGGGAUCACUAGUGCUGGAAGUAGAUCAAGUAGUGCUUCAGGAUAUUAUCCAUCAGAGGGUCAAGUAGGUCCUCUACCAACUCCACCUGGCAGUGAAGGCUCCUCUUCCUAUAGCGAGCACCAAUUCUUGCUGUCCCAGCACCAGAACUAUCCCACUGGGUAUUCUAUGGACUAUCAUUCCGCCAUGACACCUCCAUCCAGCGUUUCGCCAAGAGACAAACAUCAACAACUACACACAGGAGUAACCUUUGAUUCACCAGUGUCCUACCAAGAAGUUUUAAGGCAAUACCCAGACAGCCCCCUGCCUUUGAAACCCCAGGUUUACUCAUACGUUGAUCAGCCUCAGUUUUAUCAUCAUGGUAGUACUGGGGCGGCGUUUCAUUUGUACCAUCCUAGCAAAGGAACUGGUGCCCCAUCAAACUGGUACUCGCCAUCAUAGUAAUUUUGAGAAAAUAUGCUAUUCGAUUCCAUGCUUAUUUGCGUGCGUUGAGAAUAUGUUUUUGGACUAUUGUAAUUUGUAAUGAAAGGUUUUUUGAAGUACAGCAUUGAUAUAAUUGGACAGAGGUGAAGAAAUAUGUUAGUAAGAUUUGUAAGAGUUGUAAGAAACACUUUAAAGAAUCGACAAUUUGGUGAGACGUAUAAAUAAUGAACGAUAUAUACAGGGAACUUUGUUUUGAAAAAAAUGGUCAUAUAAGUAAUUAUCAAGCGGAUGAUUUUGCUAUCUUUUCAAAUGGUAUUUUUUUUAAAUGAAUUUAAAAACCAUGCUGUUUAUUUUCACAAGACAAUUAUUUCAAUUUUUUUUUUCAAUCAGUACUAGGCUCUAAAAAUUGCCCUAUAUAAACCGUUCUGUCUAUAAAAUGUGGUUUUUGUACAUUUAAAAUCAACUACUACGCCGAAAAUGAAAAAUAUCGUAAAAUCCCAAGUUUUCAUAUGGUAUUAAUAUACUUACUAUAACAAACCAAAGAACUUAAAUAUGAAAUGACAUGAACAAAAAUUGAUUUAGAAAAAAGUGCUUCAGUUAUUUGUAUAUAAGCUAUCAGCCCAUGUUAUUUUGUAUUGUAAUUUUUCCUUAUGUACUAUGUAUGUAUAUCUGUGAAUAUACUUUAAAUCAGUUGAAUGUAUUGUUAAGAAUUCUGCUGGGAAAUACAGGGUAUGUUCAGCUUACAACAUCCUCUUAAUCCACCCACUUUGAGAAAAAAAAUCAAAAUUUAAACAUAUCGUUCCAGAGUUAAAAAAAUGAUUAAAGAUAUAUUUAACUGAUUUUUGUAUGCCCCCAUUUGCGCAUAUUUAAGAUGUUAGUCUAUCAAUUUUAGUUUUUUUUGAGAGGACUGAAUCUGAAAAUGUUAUAGAUUCUGCGCAUUUGAAAACUAUGUAAAUAUAUACCUAGGAGAUACUUUUAGAUAGUUGUAUGUAUGUUAUUAUUUUGUUGGGCAUUCAUGUUAAAUUGUACCUUUUUAUACAAAAAAGUUGUUUGUGUUUCUGAGAAAAUGUAGGAGGUAACGUCUUUUUUUUUUAUUUUUAAUAUCAUAUAAUAUACAUUAUAAUCAUAAAUCCUCAUGCAGCACAAACUAUAUUGACUUAAGUAUGUUCAUAUCUUUUCCAAUAAAUAUUUUACUUAAUUUCAGGCAGCAGAUGUAUUAUGUAAGUAAUUUUUACUUUGAAUGGCGAAAGUAUAGUCACUUGUAAUAGGAGAAAUGCUCGAUUGCGUCUAUCACGAUCAAAAACGGUGCUGACAGAGUCAUAAUGUGAUAUUCUUCUUAUUUUUGUUAAUUUACUUGUUUAUGUUAACUUUUGUCACAUAUAACUUUCAGUACAAAAAAGUAUAGCUGGUAUUGUGCAAUAUAAACAAUUGUAUAAUCGGAAUUUUAGUUUUUUAAGCAUUUUAUCGCAUGUUAACAAAAUUUUUUUAAAAAGGUUUCUCCAUUCAGAUACUAAAGUUUUUUUGAUUUUGAUACUACCUCAUCCUAUUAUUGUAAAAUAUGGCAAACCCGAUUUUGUGAAAAAUUGACAUACUAAAUUUGUUCUCAGCAAAAUUCGAGUAGUCAUUUGUUUAUUUAUAUUGUUCAAUAAAUUAUUUACAAAAUAAA